AUGUUCAAAUGUACAUUCAAUGGGUGUGAUAAAAAAUUUAAAAGAAAGUUCCAUCUAACAAGACAUUACAAGAACCAUGAGAUGAAGAAUUACCAAUGUACCUGGCCAAAAUGUAAUAGAAAAUUCUUCAGAAAGGAUUUACUUCGGGUUCAUUUCAAUAGGCAUGAUGGUUUAUCCUUGUAUGAGAAAUCUUACUCAUAUAGCGAAAUAGAUAACCAGGCCGAUAUGGUAUUAUUUGACCGGAGAAGUAAUAAGAACUUUACUAACAAUUGUCUUAUCGUUCCGUUCUUUCCGCAUGCACAUAGUGCUACUAAGAAGAAGGAUACAUCGGACGAAGAUUUUUAUUCUUGGUUAUUUAACAAUGAUAUGGAAGAUCUUUAUGUGCAUAAACCUGCUGAUGAAUAUUUAGAAUUCGAGGACUUUUUCUAUGAACCGGAUUCUCUGGUACGAAAGAAUGUUUUCUGUGAUGAAAAUAUAAAAAAUAGGUUACUUUCAAGUUUUGAUAAAACCCAAGUUUUAGAGUCGUUAAGCUGUAAAGAUAUUGAACUUUCCUUAAGAAACUAUUGGAAUGAUUUUCACGAAGACUACCCCAUUCUUCAUAAAGCUACAUUUGAUUCUGAAAAGGCACCAACCCUUUUGUUACUACCUAUGGUAGUAACGGGUUUGGAGAUUGCAUCAAGAAAGGAAGUGAAUAAUGAGAAAGCAAGUAUAUUAAGAAAAAUAUCAGUAGAAAUAGCGAGACCCUUGCAUUGGCAAUUACACUCUAAUGAAUACGCCCAACCUCCAGCACUUCUAUAUAUCAUUCAAGCACUUCUAAUUCUUCUGGUUUUUGAGAUGCAUCAUUCGACCAGAGAGUUUCAUGAAAGAGCCCAUACCUAUCAUACUGUUACGUACCAUUUGAUACAAAGAACGCCUUUCAAUGUUUCAGGUUUAGUAUAUCAAAAUGAAAAAACAAAAAAUGGUAAUCUAUGGUAUAAGAGUGAUAUUUCUGGGGAAGAUCCAAUAGUGUUAAAUGAUUGGUAUGCUUGGGUACACUUUGAAUCUCUAAAAAGAGCAUUCUUUUUUGCUUUUUAUUUGGAUAGUACUUUUUCUUUAUUUGGUCACCAACUCUUGUUUCAAGCCGACAGAAUGUUUCUUGAUUUACCAUGUUCACGAAAAAAAUGGGAUGCUAAUGAUGCACGUCUGUCAUUAAAAUUAAAAGAUAACUCAAUAUCAUAUCUUUCGGCUUUAAAAAGUGCUAUUCAAGGGGAAACUUUUAAAAUUGGUGGAGAUGAAUUCAAUCUUAAGUUGAUCCUUUCAGGUAUUAUUAACACAGCAAACCAACUCAAUAAUUAUAUUUCUCGUGCCUCGUUUUUAUCAAGCCAACUAAAAAUUCAAGAAAAUUGGAAAGAUAAGAUCUCGUUAGCUAUAGAUAAAUGGAGAUUUGAUUUAUGCGGAGGAUACUCCCAGAAAUCCUUGUAUCAACUACGUUUUGAACACAUAUUUCAUCAUGCUUCUCAUUUCACUUUGUCUAUUAAUAUCUAUGAUCUUCUUUCCUAUAGUGGCGCACCAUGGUGUAUGUCAAUUAGCGAUCUUUCGAUGGGAUUUAAAAAUUCAGUAAGAACCAUUUCGGAUUGGGUGAGAUCACAACCUGCUAGACAAAUUGUUAUCCAUGCAUUAUUUUUCUUAUGGGAAACUUUAUUACCAGUGGACUUUAAUGACAAAGAUGUUCAGAAACUGAAUUUCAUUACAGAUAUUUCUUCUAUGGGUAGUUCUACUUUGUUAUUAUCGACGUUAAUAAUAUGGUCAUAUGCUUUUGCAUUGAAAGGCCCCGAGGCGAUCAGAAAUGAACCCAGGGAGUGUGAUGUCUCAGAAGAUGGACUUGAGUAUCUAUGUCGUAUCCGUAAAGAGCUUUUUGAGUUAUCAAAUAUCAAGCUAGAUAUUAAAUACCAAAAGUUGAACGGUAAAGAUUAUCAUAGUUUGGUAGAGAAACUUUCUUCGUCUCUUCUUUUACUCAAAAAUAUACAUCAUUCGGCAGGUCUAUGCUUAAUAGUUUCAAAGUUAUUGAGAACUUAUCCCUGGGAAAUGUGUAAAGAAAAUGCAAAUUUAGUAUAUCAUUUGUUCAAAAGAGCUUCCGGUUAUAAGGACAUUUUAUGCAGAGAAAUGUAUAACAUUGAAAGGCAAUAG